CCCCCAUGGCACCUGCCCUGCUCCCAGCCUUGUCCGAGUGCCUUGGGCCCUCACCAAGUUCUCAUCAAUCACAGGGCCCCUGGUGCCCAGAAUCUCCACCUUACCCUCACUCUCCCUCACCCAGGGCGUCCCUCCUCUUCUGUCUUUACCUUAACCCAAGGUGGGGGGCGGGGUCACCCCUGAGCCAUGCUCAUCCCUUGCCCCUCAAUCCCAGGCCCUCACCACAUCUCCUUUGCAGUCUCUUCCCUUCCCACAGUAGGAAUACUGCCCUUGGUCCACUGCCCACCUCCUUAGCCUUCAUCACCCUCUCUUUGGUUCCUCGACCCCAGUGGGCUCUCACUAUCUCAGUCUUGUAUCCAAAAUCCUUGUUUAUGCCACUUUAUCAGCAGGCCUUUCCUACAAGGAGUCUUCUCCCAGGCCCCCACCCCUGCUUGUUGGAUGCCUGACCCUGACCCUCCCUGGAGGUGUGAUGUCACUCCCUCCAACCCCUCCCACCACGUAGGUGCUUCCCAGUGUGCACCUUGGCUUUAAGUUCUAUCUUCUCUUGCCACCCUACUCCUAAUUCUCCAUGAUCCUUGUGCACAUAGACUGACUCCUCCCAGGGGACACCCCCCACCAGGGUCCUCACCAGGCCUCUGUGCACUCUGGGCCCAGACCCACUCCUUCACCUCCCCCAGGUUACUGGCCCACCUUCAUCUCUCUUGGGGCCACAGCCCAGCCCCUCAGGCCCCUCUGCCUCCUGCCUCACCCUCCCUGGAGCCCCCCUUGUCCAUGAUGAGCCUGCACCAGGGGCGGCAGCUCUCCAUCUCACCUGACCCCUUUGACCAGGGAUCCCUCUGGUCCUAGAUCUGACACUGCCCUUCCCUCCCUCUGACUCCACCUCCCCUCUCCCUCUUCCUGCCUCUCCCCUUGCCCCCCUGCCUGGACCCUUAGGGAGCCAAGGCCUCCCUGUCCUGGCACUUGUCCUACAUGUGUGUCCAUCUCCACCCUCUCCCUCCACUCCUCCAUUCCCCUCUCCCUCCUUCUCUUUCCCAUUUUUCCUGUAUGGAAAUCCUCAUUCUGGUCCCUUGAACACAUGCUUGUUCUGCAUCCUCAGCACCUGGAGUAGGUCAGGACACAGAACUUCUCUGUUAAACAUCUGAUGUGCACUUGUCUCCAGAAAGCAGCUUCAUCUGCGGUUCCUCCUUCCCCAGGAUCCCACAGUCUUUCUUACAACGCUACAGUGCUGUCCUGGGAUGGCUUUGUUCAGGCCAGAUUUUUUGCUAUGGGAUACCUGGAUGGUCAGGCCUUCGUGCACUUUGAUGACACAAAGUGGAGGGCAGAGCCCCAGGGACAGUGGGCUGAAAGGCUGGGAGCAGAGACAUGGGAGACAGAGUCCAAGGACUUGAACGAGGCAUGUAAGGAGCUCAGAAAACUUCUAGCAGAAAUCCUGUCCCUGCAGAAGGAGAAAAGAGGCUUACAUUCCCUCCAGGAGACUGUGGGCUGUGAGAUCCGUGAAGACAGCCGCGCCCGGGGCUUCAGGCUUCUCCACUUCGAUGGGGAGCUCCUCCUCUCCUGUUACCCGGAGGCCCACGGAUGUGCCCUGCCCCAGUCCUUGGCUCGGACCUUGGCCAUGGAAAUGGAGAAGUCCUGGGACACAGACGGCUUUCUAAGCAAGCAUUACCGGGCCCACGUGCAGGGAGAACUUUGUGGAAGACUGCGGGGCUACCUGGAAUCCUGGACGGGCUUCAUGGAGAGGACAGUGCCGCCAGCCGUGAAUGUGACCCGCAGCCAGGACUCGGAGGGCAUGGUCCACCUCACAUGCAAGGCUUUUGGCUUCUUUCCCCCGAAUAUCUCAGUGACCUGGUUUCGGGAUGAGGAACCCAUGAGCCGGGACACCCUGGAGUCUGAGGGUGUCCUGCCUGAUGGGAACGGGACCUACUAUACCUGGGAAACCAUAAUAAUUCCCCAAGGAGAGGAGCAGCGGGUCAAGUGCCUUGUGGGACACAGUGGGAAUCACAGUACACACCUCGCACCCUUGGGAAACAUCCUAGUGCACCAGAGAUCAUGGUGGAUCAUUGUGAGCACUGUUGUUGCUGCUCUUGCUGUUGCUAUCAUCGGAUUUUGUGUCUAUAUGUAUAUUAACAGGAUGACAGCAUCAGCUACAGCAAGGCCAGAGCCUAUUAGCUUACAAGACCAGGAUCAAUUCCAGAUGGAGCCAACUGAUCAUAAUGGCCUCACACACCCAGAAUUUCAAUCCUUGUGUCAAACUCUGGAUCCAUCAGUUCAACUGGGGAAGCUUAGAACGUGCAGCCAGAAGGCCUGAAUUCAGCUCCCUGUCCUGGUCUUACUAAUGUUAGGGGAAGCACACUGACUGAAACUGCCCACCCUGGCCAGGCACCAUCGUAACCAUUUGCAUGAGUUGUUUUA